ACACCAUUGGUCAAUAUAAACCAACACGCAUAUACACAAACUAUUGAAAAAACCAAACAACUAUCGAAGUCUUUCAAUCAUAUCGUUCCAGUCAACGGAAACCAUGGAUUCAGAGAUCGCCUUCGACUUCUCUCCAGUGUUCAUAAUCUACAAGAGUGGCCGCAUCGAGCGCCUCACCGGUGAAACCAUCGUCCCACCUUCUUUAACUCCUCACAAUGGCGUCGUUUCUAAGGACGUCGUGUAUUGUCCCGGCGACAAUCUCUCCGUCCGUGUUUUCCUCCCGGAGAAAGCCGCGGUGACCGAUGAGAAACUCCCUCUCCUCAUCUACUUCCACGGCGGAGGAUUCAUCAUCGAAACCGCUUUCUCACCGACUUACCACACUUUCCUCACGACGGCUGUCUCUGCUUCCAACUGCAUAGCGGUGUCGGUUGAUUACCUCCGUCCACCGGAGCAUCCCAUUCCGAUCCCUUACGAGAACUCAUGGACGUCUCUCAAAUGGGUAUUCACCCAUAUCGAUGGACGUGGACAGGAGAAUUGGCUGAACGAACACGCCGACUUCAGCAAAGUGUUCCUCGCCGGAGACAGCGCCGGCGGGAACAUCACUCAUCACAUGACGAUGAGAGCUGCGAAGGAGAAGCUAAGUCCCGAGCUGAGCGGUUCAGGAAUCUCGGGGAUCAUCUUGGUUCAUCCUUACUUCUGGUCGAAAACACCAGUCGACGACAAGGAGACGAGGGAUGUGACUAAGAGGUCCAGAUCGGAGGUUCUAUGGGAGAUAGCGAGUCCUAAUAGCAAAGACGGAGUGGAUGACCCGUGGAUCAACGUGGUUCAAUCAGGGUCGGUGGAUAUCUCUGGCUUGGGUUGCGGAAAGGUUUUGGUAAUGGUGGCGGAGUUAGAUGUGCUAGUGAGGCAAGAUUGGUGUUACGCGGCGAAGCUUGAGAGGAGCGGUCGGAUGGGAGAAGUGGAGGUGAUGGAGACUGAAGGAGAAAGCCAUGUUUUUCACUUGAGGAAUCCUGAUACUGAGAAAGCUCAUCAACUCGUGAAAAAGUUUGCAAGCUUUAUUAAAGGAGUGUGAUGUAAUAAUGUAUAGUUGAUGUCUGGUCCAUCCAGAGAGUCUCUCUAAGUCUCUGUAAUAUGUUCAGUGCUUAUUAUAAGAUGUUCGUUCACCUUUA